UUGUCAAUAUUUUUAUUUUAAAAUUUUCUUUUACUUUGUAAUAUUUUUGUUUUAGAUAAUAUCUCUCACCAUUUAUUAAAUUAUUAUCCACAUAUUUUUUAAAAAAAAUAUCUUUAAUUAUUCUACCAUACAAUUUUAAUGUUUCAACCACUUUUUUAAUUUUUGUGUCGUCUUCUAUGUAUAUCAUAAGAAAUGAGGGAGCAUCUCUUAAAAGAGCCUAUAAAUAAGUUACUAGUCGGACCAUACUUUUAGAACUUGCAACACCGAUAAUACCCAAAAAUAUGGAAACUAUGGAUGUGGAUAAACCAUGCACCAAAUCUAAACAACAAAGGCCUAAGGGCGGCCUUAUUACAAUGCCCUUCAUCUUCGGAAAUGAAAUAGGUGAGAAGUUGGCAGUAGUAGGAUUUCAGACGAAUAUGAUAACCUAUUUAACACAGCAGCUUCACAUACCCUUAACCAAAGCUGCAAACAUCCUUACAAAUUUCAAUGGUACCGGUAGUCUUACGCCACUUCUUGGAGCCUUUCUUGCCGAUUCUUAUGUUGGAAAAUUCUGGGUCAUUACACUCGCUUCCAUUAUCUACCAAAUUGGCAUGAUAAUCUUAACAACAUCAGCAAUAUUACCAAAGCUAAGACCACCAACCGGACAAGAAGCAAGUGGAGGACAACUAGCAAUCUUAUUCAUCUCCAUCUACCUUUUAGCAAUCGGGUCGGGUGGGAUCCGACCCUGUGUAGUCGCAUUUGGGGCAGAACAAUUUGACGAAUCGGAUCCAAAACAAAAGAAUCGGACAUGGAAAUACUUUAAUUGGUACUAUUUUGCAAUGGGAGCAUCAAUGUUAGUGGCAGUCACUGUUUUGGUUUAUCUACAAGACAAUGUUGGGUGGGGUAUAGGACUUGGUGUACCCGCUAUUUUUAUGUCCAUUUCGAUUAUUAGUUUCGUAAUCGGGUAUCGGAUGUACCGACAUAUGGAUCCAUCGGGUAGCCCGUUCACUCGGAUAAUUCAGGUUUGUGUGGCUGCGUUUAGGAAGAGGAAUUUGCCCAUGGUAUGUGAUCCUUGGUUACUAUAUGAGAAUGAGGAACUUGAUGGGUCUAUUUCUAUUGCGGGAAAGCUCCUUCACACCAACCAAUUAAGAUUUCUCGACAAGGCAGCAAUAAUAACCGAAGAAGACAAUCCAAAGGCACCAAAUCUAUGGAAGCUAAACACAAUCCAUAGAGUAGAAGAGCUAAAAUCAAUCAUUAGAAUGGGUCCCAUUUGGGCAUCAGGAAUAAUUCUAAUCACAGCCUAUGCCCAACAGAGCACAUUUUCUCUCCAACAAGCCCAAACCAUGGACAGACACAUCACAAAAUCAUUCCAAAUCCCGGGAGGUUCAAUGACAGUCUUCACAAUCUCAACAAUGCUACUCACUAUAGCAUUCUAUGAUCGCGUCUUUAUCCCUAUAGCGCGUAGAUUCACUGGCCUAGAUCGCGGUAUAACCUUCUUACAUCGAAUGGGAAUCGGAUUAGUAAUAUCUGUAAUUGCAACUUUGGUUGCUGGUUUCGUUGAGAAAAGGAGAAAACAGGUUGCAUUACUUAAUGGACUAGUGGAUCAUCCUCAUCAAACAAUCCCAAUUUCAUUUAUUUGGUUAGUUCCUCAAUAUUCCCUUCAUGGUAUGGCUGAAGCUUUUAUGUCAAUCGGGCAUUUAGAAUUUUUCUAUGAUCAAGCUCCCGAGAGUAUGAAAAGUACUGCAAUGGCUUUCUUUUGGACUUCUAUUUCUUUGGGAAAUUAUUUAAGUUCUAUAUUGGUUUCACUUAUUCAUAAGCUCUCUGCUGGUAAAGAUGGGUCCAAUUGGUUGCCUGAUGAUAACUUGAACAAAGGAAAAUUAGAGUAUUUUUAUUGGUUAAUUACUCUUUUACAGGUUCUUAAUUUUCUGUAUUAUAUAGUUUGUGCUAAAUUUUAUACUUACAAGCCUUUUGAAAUACAACUAAAGAAGGAUAGUGAUGGUAACAACAAUCAGGUACAACUUAUUACCCAUGUAUAAUAAUUAGAUUUUCUUCCUGAUAAUCAUAUACUUCCCUAGAUUUUAAUAACUGCUAUAGUUUCUGUAGCAAUUAUUGUUCAUCAGCUGAUCUUAUUUUGUAUAUAUUUUUUUUUAUAUAAUGUAAAACAUAGUCAAUUACGAUCUUA